CUCUGCUCAUGUUACGCCCGGAUCGUGUGCAGAUUACAGAGAGGCUCGUCGUGUUUACUUAGUUUUUAAUCGAUAAUUCAAACGCGAGCUGAAGCUGUAGCUGUCUGCUGGACAGCGCGCUAAGGGAGCGUCUUUAAAGAGAUGUGCUAGGAACUAAACGUGGAAGUGCAAAGUAGCCAUCUACAGUGAAGCAGGAGGGAUGUCUGCAGCAGAGAGCAACCAUGCGCAACGUGUCCUGUCCGCCCUGAACCAGCAGAGGGCAGUGGGCAGGUUUUGUGAUGCAGCAUUGAAUGUGGGAGACGGGGUAGUGUUCCUUGCUCAUCGCAACAUCCUCGCCUGCUUCAGUGAACUCCUCCAGCAGUCAAACAUGCCUUCUGCAACAGAGUUCUGCCUGCAGGGAUGCCCCAGCGAUGGCUUGGAGCUGCUCCUAAACUUUGUCUACACCGGAGAGCUAAAGUUGGAUCCUCACAACCUGGACAGAGUCCAGCAGGCAGCAGCCAGCCUGUGCGUACCAGAGGCACUCACACGCUGUCACCAGUUCAAGGAGACCUCUAAGGAGCCUGUGCCUGUCAAGCGUAAAAGAGGUAGACCUAGAAAGUCUGCCUCAGACAUCAACCCAGUCAAAGAGAAGAAUUUAAUUAAAGUCACGAAAGACGAGCCCACCAUUGAUACUGCUGCAGCCAGUUUUACCACUGCUGCCACUACUGCAGCAACCACCACACGCUCUGGCCGAGUAGUGAAGGGCCCCAGGCGACUAGUGACUAUCGAUGAGAGCCCUACAACUGAAAACGAGUUGACCCCGCCUCUUCCUGUGGAGAAAGAAGUUGGUGAUGCAGUUGUUGAGGAAAACCAAAACUCAGAUCAGCUAGCUGGUGAAACUGAGGUAACGGAGCUGCAGAUUAACGACAAUGUUAUUAGCCAGGUAAGUGGGGGAGUGGAAGCAGAAGACGAUAAUGAUGACUUGGGUAUUCCGGAGGAGAUUCCCGAAGACACAGAUGAGGAGUAUGUGCCUGCUGCUGAGCCCGCUUCCUCAACCACAUCCCCGUCUACGUCGACCAGACAGACAUGCAAGGCCCAGAGUCAAACAAACAAAAACAAGAAUGGUCAGGCGAUGGAGGACGACUCUAAGAAGGCCUCCGUGCAGUGUCCCAUCUGCUUCAAAGCCUUCAAGAGCAAAUACUACCUCAAGGUUCACAACAGGAGGCAUACAGGGGAGAAGCCCUUCGGUUGUCUUAAAUGUGGAAAACGGUAUUACAGGAAGGAGAACCUUUUGAUACACGAGAUGAGAGACUGUGCUAGUGUGCUGACGUACACCUGCCUCACUUGUUCUGCUACAUUUAAUGCAAAAGAAGCUCUACGAUUGCAUACUGUCACCCACACAGGAGAAAUGCCCCACAAGUGUUCAACAUGUCCUGAACAGUUUAUGUACAAGAAAAACUUGACGGUUCACAUGAUGAAGGUACACGGUUACCCCAAACCACAUGCAUGUUCCCAGUGUCCCAAAACCUUCUUAACUCGCGCGGAGCUGCGUGUGCACGAAGCCGCCAAACAUCGUGGAGAAAAGCCGUUCGUGUGCGAGGAGUGUGGCCAUCGGGCAUCUAGUAGAAACGGCCUGCAGAUGCAUAUCAAAGCUAUCCACAGAAAUGAGCGCCCUUUUGUCUGUAACUCGUGUGGCCACGCCUUCUCCCAAAAGAACAAUCUCAACAUGCAUCUGCGUAUACACAGUGGCGAGAGGCCAUACCAGUGUCACCUCUGCGGGAAAACCUUUAGGACACAAGCCAGUCUGGAUAAACACCACCGGACUCACACCGGCGAGCGGCCCUUUGGCUGUGAUGUCUGUGAGCAACGCUUCACAGAGAAAGGCGCUCUUCUCCGACACAAGGCCAGCAAGCACGAGGAAGGCCGCCCCCACUGCUGUCACAUCUGCGGUAAAACUUUCAAAGCGAGGGAGCAGCUGCGUGUCCACCUGCGUCGUCAUAAAGGCAUGAGGAAGUUUGAGUGUGUAGACUGCGGCUACAAGUUCACUCGACAGGCACAUCUACGGCGUCACAUUCAAAUUCACAAGCGCACUGAGAACUACAACCCGCGGCAGAGGAAGCUGAGGAAUGUGAUUGUGCAAGAUGUGGAUGGAAGUCCGGUCGAGACCGAAGCUCCCAAAUCGGAGGAGGCUUCGCUGAUCUGUGAUGGGUCCACUCAGGAGUCCACAAACCAAGGAGCUGACUCCUCAACAGGGCUCGCCUCUGGUUGCAUCGUGAGGGUUGUGAUUGAGUCGAGUGAUGCGGUGAUGGAGGAGGUUAUUUCUAACCAGAACUUGGGAGAGGUUGAAUCUGCGCAGACUUUCCCUGUGCCGCAAGUGUUGCAGCAAACACAGCUGGUUACCGAGCCUUAUGAGUCCACGAUAGACAUGGAGGGAAUUGUUGAGAAUUUGUCAGAGAGCAAGACCUGAAGCGAGCAAGUGUGCAAAACAACAAGUCGGCUUCUGCUGAGCUUCCACGCAUGCAAGAAAAGCAGAUUCAUGCACUCUGUAGUUUACACAGAGUAAUUAAAUUGCAUGUUUUUAAAUGCUGUUUGAAUGUAAAAUAUUAUUUUUCUGCUUGUUUACUUGAGACAGGUUUUGUCAGUGUGCUUACAGCAGCUGGAGCUCAGUGUCACCUUACAUCGCUGAUAGGAUUAAAGGAGAACAUUUUCUGUGCAGCCAGAAAAGCAUUUUCUUACUUUUGGUUACAGUGUGGUUACAGUGUAACAAAUGUAGUAGUUCAGUGAUUUUUAUUAGGGUCCCUCCAGGUGGUGGUUUUGUACUGGACUCCAUUAUGUUUCAGGGUGCUUCUAAUAUUCUUUGAAAUAGAAGAGUUGCAGAGCAGUAAAAUUGCACAAGUGUAUAAAAAAAUUAAAGGCAGUCACAAGGUGGAUGAGUGAUAACAGCUAAUCAUGAAUGUAAACAAUGAAUGUAAAAUUGUUUCAUCUUUGAUGGGUUUAUUUUAACCUGGUGUAUUUCAUCUUAAUGUGGCUCUAUGGGCCAUGCUAACUUUGCAGGUUCCAUCUCCACUGGAAUAGAAAAUGGUCCCUCAAAACAAUGUGGACAGUGGUUCCCAAAUGAUUUGUCAACAAAACAUUAUUAUACACGUUAUAAUAUAUAGUUGUGGCUUAGCUUUUCGUGUGAAUUGAACACAAAAAGUGUGACAACUAAGAACUGCUGGGAUGCUCCGAUUGGGUGAUACGAUGUGCCUUUUGUGCCACACAAACACUGAAAUGCCCUCUAAAAAACUAAAAACUUUAACCACAAGGUGGCAGUAUUAUACCAGAGGUUUAGUGCUGUUGUCUAUUCCAAAAAGCGUUGAAUUGUUUUAUGUACUUUUGGAAUUAUUUUGUAAUUUUUACAAAUCUAAUAUUUCUGUUAGUUUAAAACAAACCAAAACAAACUGCUUAGGCAUUUUCAUUGAGCUACUAAAGUAACCAAGUAACUAAGUAAGACGGUAACACCAGCUUGACUAUUUUGCGCAGUGUUGGAUUAAACACUACACUGACUCACUGCACCAUCUCGUGGUUCAAACUGGUGUUACGGUCCCAUUUCAAGACGUCAACGGAACAGUUUAUAUUCAGUCUUUUUGGGCCUAACAUCAUAACUGUUGCUCAUUUUGAAGAGUUUAAUUCCUUUAAGAAUGUUUUAAAUGUUUUUUAUGAAAUAUUUUUUUGUUUAAAAAAUGAUCCUUAUCACAUGGUUUCUGAACAUUUAGCCAGAGUAAAACAUUUGGAGAACAACAAAUACCUGAAAAGUUCCCUGCAACUUUCCAAACCAUUAUUUUUUUUUUUUCAUGUUUAUGUUUUAAACGUUUGAUUAAAAUACUUGUGUUUGUUCUCUUCACAAUAAGCAAAAGGUAUCACAACAGGUAAAAGGCAUAUUUUUGAGCAAUUUAUGUUAAAUAUUUGUCCCAAAUCUCUGCAGUGAUGGUAGGGACUGCAAAGUCAUAAUGGCCACAUACAGCAACCGCUGCCAGAUAGAAGAAUACUAAAUUACACCUGAAGGAAAUGGUUUCAAAACAUUUCUUAGAUUUAUAUUAUAUAUUUGGUGACAAACUCGUCAGGAUGAAUUCUAGAGCACCUUUGAUGUUUACUGGCCAAAUUAAUUUGUUUUCCUGAUGCAACAGGUGCAGAUUGUUUUUAAAAUGUCACACAGGUUAAUAAUUUUUCUUGAGAAGUGCUUUUAUGUUUAAGUGAGCUCGUGUUUAUUUCACAGUCUUUUGAAGCUACUGUCAACUGUUUCACUGAAAUAUUUGCUGCAACCUUGCUAAGAGCAAAUCAUUGUGACUCAGCAGAAUAAACUACGUCAGACCUGCCUGCAGUUUAAUUCAUAGUAGCCACCGUGGAAACAGUGUACAAACACAGCAAAUAAGAUUAAGAAUAUACUGUAUUUACAAAACUGUUCAACAUCACAGACCGAACACUUAAAAAAACAACGGUGUAUUGACAACAGCAUGGAAACACACAAAUAUACUACUUCCAAUGAAGCAAAAAUAUAUCCUACUCAACAACAAACUGAGAUUUUUUUUGCACUUCCAGUUGUGACUGACGACUCAUUAGCGUUUACAAAGAGCCACUGAUCUUUUUGCAGCUGAUAGGCAGGAACUUCAGAAGCAAUCACAGCACAAAUAUAUCCAUAAAUAAGAAAACCGUAUAACAGUGAAAACAUUAAAA